UCUGGCAAUACCGAGUGCAUUAGUUUUGCAUGUCGCGCGCAAAGCCCGGCCUCAUGCGCGCCUCCGCACCCUGCCCACCUCAAGCGGAGAGCAGCAGAGAGGAAGGGAGAGAGCAGCAGCAGCAGCAAAACGGACCAUGAUUCUUUGUCUGGCACCACCGCGCCUCGUGACUCGAGGGAGAGACACGCUCUCGUCCGAUCGACACCGGAUGAAUGGACGGCAAGCCCUCACAAACCGUGAACGGCUGCAGGGACGCGCUAGCUGGUGCCCGAGCACUGUCAGAGCCCAUAUCCACAUCUGCCCCCCCACCCUCAACCCCCAACCCCUUCUUCGCCACGCCUUCUAGAAGCUUUCGAAACACUGCCGAGCGUCCUCGCCCCCCGUUGGCCAGGGCACGCACGCAGGGCUGGCGCUCGCCCGUCUUCUGCUGCCCGCUCGGCAAUCCGUACUCACGAAAAGCCCUUUCUCCCGGCCUUCCGGUUGCACUUGCCACGACGCUCGACCAUUGGACGCGCUUUAUUCUUGCUCCUAGCCCCCCCUGUUCCUCGUCCACGUCGUCCCAUCAUCGGCGUCACGGUCGUAGUCGCGGCAGUCGUGGUCGUUUAGUCGUCGUAGGCGUCGUCGUUGUCGCCGUCGUUGUCGUUGUCGGGCCGCGGCUCUCUUGCUGCUUCAGCAUCGACGCACUGUGCCUUCCCUGUCCCUGUCACCGCUCCCUUGCACUGACUUCGUCCGUGCGCACCGUGGGCAACCAAGUUUCAGGCUUCCAGCAGCCGCCAGCUGCACGGCGCAGGGCCCCGCCUUGUUGGAGGCGCAGGUCUGGUGUAGGUGCUAUCUGGCCGUUCUCAGGGACGCCGUCACGCCCUCCUCCUCCCCCGGCACCGGGCAUGACUGAAACACAGAUUUGACAGCUGUACUGCCUGCAGUGACCAAAGAGAGUCCUUGAACGCUGCUGUCGGAAGAGGAAAUCAUAUGAGCGAAGCAGCGGUCAAACGCCUGCAAUGUCUCUAGUAACUCUUUAUACCCGAAUUCCGAAUCCCGAACCCGCACCCUGUUUUUGAUGUCCGUUAUCCCUUUCGAAAUAACCAAAGUCCCCCUUGUUCAUAUGAUGUCGUGCUU